AUGGAUUUUGAUGGUACACCUGCCAUAUGCUCAACGGCAGCAUAUGAGCCAUAUCUCCAACUCAGUGCCUUUCCUCCUGCUCAGGCAUACUGUUCCAAUCUCUCUUCUGAAAGUCCGAUACAAGUCGGCGAUCCCACGUGUGCCAGCGGAAGCGAUCGAUGCAUAUUGCUCUCUUACCUACAAGCUGCUGACCCCACGUUCGCACAGACUGUCUGCUGUUGUAUCGGAGAUUGCCACAAAUCAGAAUCAACCGUGAUUUCAAUAGCCACGAAUCCCCCACCUAAUACUUCGUCUGCAAGCUCUAAGAUAGGAUCCGCGGGCUCAGUAUCGUCUGUUCAGUCGGAGUCUCCCGGUGUCGUUACAAGUUCAUCGACUACAACAGACGUUCCCACGUCAUCAAGCUUUUCGGUCAAUUCUCUGUCUAAUUCCUUGCCCGGUGGCUCGCCAUCAAUACUGUCAAGCAGAUCUUUGUCGACAUCGACAUCCAGCGCGGAGCUUCCAACGAGCAGCAGCCUAUUGAGCUCCAGCACGACAAGUCAAACCCAUACCUACAGUACAAUAUCAACAUCCAGAAAAAGGUCUACAUCCCCGAGUACGGGAAAAAGCUCCAGCACUAGGAUCUUAAGCUCAGGUUCAAGCCCCUCCGCAUCGGAAACAUCCCCGUCAAGCUCAAACCCGCCAACAAGCACCGCUUCUCACACUACGUCUUACAGCACCUGCGCCACAUGCUCCUAUCCCACUCCAACGGCUGCUUGUACGAAGUUCAACGGUUACGAGCAGUAUCACUCCGGCCAAUGCUACAUCGAAAACACAAACAAUCCUGGCAAUGUCGAUCCUCUUUACCCGCCCAUCUACUCAACAUACCCCGGCACACUCAACGCAUGUGAUGCCGCCACCAUCUGCGCCCUUGGAUCCGAAGGGUUCGAUCCUAAUGUGUACGCUUCAUUCGAUCUGCACUAUCUCUGCUCGAACUCAAGCUGGGUAUGCGUGCAAUAUUAUGGCGCCAAUUUUCGAGCAUCUUAUUUCGACGUGCAGGAUUUCGACGUGGUUGUAGCGUAUGGGUAUUAUGGUAUGCGGGAUCAUGACUAG